CUUCCGUCCACAGUCGCGCUCAGUUAACGGUGUUACAAGAGAACGUGUUCGAUUGCACACAAUUUAAGAGUUUCUGACGCAUACUUGCCAAUUGUGGUAACAGAUGGCGUCAGACGCCCUGAAGAAGCGAAAGGCGAAGGUUCUUCGCAGUGAAGGAGGAACCCCGGAGAUGAAAAGGGGUCGCGCUGAGGGGGAUCAGCAGGAGUCACGUGUUUAUAAUGAGGAGGUGGAGCUGGAUGGCAGAGACCCUGAGCAAGACUAUCUUCAGUACAAAGAGUCGUGUGAGAGUUUGGCCACUCUCAUGAAUGAGAUUCAGGAGCUCAAAGCUAAUGGAGCCAAGGAGGGGUGUGCUGAGGUUGAGCAGAGACGUAUGCAGAGCUGCAUCCACUUCAUGAAUCUGAAAAAACUGAAUCGUCUGGCUCAUAUGCAUCUCAAGAGAGGCAGAGAUCUAACACAUGAGGCAAAGCAGAAGGUGGAUGUACUGCAUCUGCAAUUGCAGAACCUGUUGUAUGAAGUCAUGCAUCUUCAGAAGGAGAUCAGCAAGUGUCUAGAGUUCAAGUCCAAACACGAGGAGAUAGACUUGGUACCUGUGGAAGAGUUUUAUGAGGGGGCUCCACAGGAAAUUUCCAGGCCCCACCUCACUAAAAAUGACCCCCACCAACUCACAUUGGCUCGACUGGACUGGGAGCUUGAACAGCGAAAGAGGUUGGCAGAGGAAUACAAAGAGUCCCAGGCCACUAAGGAGAAGACCCAGAAGACCAUCGAGGAGAAGAAGGAACAUCUGACAAGCUUACAACCGGGGCUGAAUGCAAUCAUGCAGGCCUCUCUGCCAGUGCAGCAGUACCUAGCUAUGCCUUAUGAACAGACACAGAAACAGACUGAGAUCUCCCGCCAUCUCCCUCCACCACUGUAUGUCCUGUUUGUUCAAGCAAAUGCCUAUGGACAGGCAUGUGAUAAAAACUUGUGCGUGUCAAUCAACGGUGACGUGGAUGAAGCCAAGGCUUUGUCUAAACCCCCAGAAGAUUCUCAGGAUGACGACAGUGAUUCAGAUGCAGAGGAAGAGCAAGAGAAAACGAAGAGGAGACGGCCAACUGCUGGAGGCCAGCUGGACGACAAAAGACGAGAGAUGCUGAAAAGACACCCUCUGUCCCUCUGCUUAGACCUCAAAUGCAAAGAUGGCAGCGUCCUCCAUCUCUUCUUCUACUACCUGAUGAAUCUGAACAUAAUGACAGUCAAGACCAAAGUCUCUACCGCCACAGACCUAAGCACGGCCAUCAGUGCAGGGGAUUUGUUGAAAUCAGACACUCUGCUCAGCUGUCUCUACACGGGCGACCAGGGACGGGAAACACCCAAUCCCGCUAAUCGAUACCAGUUUGACAAAGUCGGGAUCGUUUGCUUUGCUGAUUAUCUGGAGGAGCUGGGCCAUCCCUACAAGUGGGUUCAGAGUCUUGGAGGAUUACAUUUUCCCAGUGAUGUAACAGAGGCUGUGUGUGUGGGCAGUUCACUGAGUGCCAGCCACAUGGAGAGCACCAUGAAGCUGCUGCGGGCACGAGUCCAGUCCCGCUUGGCUUUGCACAAACAGUUUGCCUCGUUAGAGCACAGCAUCAUCCCCGUCUCCAGUGAGUGUCAGCACCUCUUUCCUGCCAAAAUCAUCUCCCGUUUAGCUCGCUGGACCACCAUCACUCAGGAGGAGUAUAUGGAACUACCAUAUACAUGUCAUGUGACUGAGGCUGGGCUGGCAAAGGAGACUGAUCUGUACUUUAUGGGAGUGGUUGAAAGAGGCACAGCUCGUCUCCAGGCGGCAGUGGUGCUCAGUCCCCGUUACCCUGAGAUCUCUCCAGUUUUCUCCCUCUCUCUCAGCUGGAAGGGAGAGCGCACUGGACGCACCGAUGACAACCUCCGAGCCAUAGAGAGUGAGGUCAACGUGUUCAAAAACGAACUGCAGGGACCUCGUCCGGGGCACCAGCUCUUGACUAACCAGUUUGUCCGCCUUUGUGUCUGCCUGGAUGUGUAUUUGGAGACGGAAGAACACGACGAUGGUGUGGAAGGACCACGAGAGUUCCCCCGUGAAAAGAUGUGCUUGCGCACUGUCAGGGGACCAAAUCGUCUGAAGCCGUUCAAGUACAACCAUCCUCAGGGCUUCUUUAGUCAUCGCUAAACCUCUGAUUCUCUCUGCUGUACUCACCAGCUGUCUGUCUGUAACUAAGCUUACCUUUGUGACUCAGACACUCAAUUUUUUCCUUUUUUAGUCUUUAUACCAGUCUGCAAAUAAAAGAACACUUGGAUAUUUUCAUGAA